AUCAAAAACAUUAGCACCUUUUUUUUUUCUAAAAACCGACCUCGUCGUCUUCAAUUUCCAAUCCCUUCCAACACAACACAGAUCUUACUUUUCCUUCCAGAGUCGCACCGAAAAGAUCACGAAUUCGGAAAAACCACUUCAAACCUCGCUCAGAUCAAACGAACGAACGAUUGAAUUGCUCUUUUUUCGACCGAAAGAAUGGUUCUAGUCUCAGCGGUGCGCGAUUACAUCAACCGCAUGUUGCAGGACAUCUCCGGCAUGAAGGUCCUCAUCCUCGAUUCUAGCACGGUUAGUAUAGUUAGCGUUGUCUAUUCUCAGUCAGACCUUCUUCAGAAAGAAGUGUUUUUGGUGGAACUGGUAGAUUCCAUUUCCAAGUCAAGGGAGCCCAUGUCACAUCUCAAAGCAGUUUAUUUUCUUCGGCCAACUUCUGAGAAUAUCCAGCAAAUGCGACGUCAGCUGGCCAGUCCAAGAUUUGGAGAGUAUCACCUCUUUUUCUCCAACAUGUUGAAAGACACCCAGCUUCACAUUUUAGCUGAUUCGGAUGAACAUGAAGCUGUCCAGCAAGUUCAGGAAUUCUUUGCAGAUUUUGUUGCAAUUGAUCCUUUCCAUUUCACUUUAAAUAUCCCUGCGAAUCACAUGUAUAUGCUGCCAGCAGUUGUAGAUCCUUCGGGCUUGCAACAGUUCUGUGAUCGAGUGAUUGAUGGCAUUGCAGCAAUUUUCUUGGCGCUAAAACGUAGACCCGUUAUUAGAUAUCAGCGGACCUCUGAUAUUGCUAAAAGGGUUGCACAAGAGGCAGCGAAGCUGAUGUACCAGCAGGAGAGUGGCCUUUUUGAUUUCAGAAGAUCAGAAAUUUCUCCCUUGUUGCUAAUAAUAGAUAGGAGGGAUGACCCUGUUACACCAUUGCUGAACCAGUGGACAUAUCAGGCUAUGGUUCAUGAGUUGAUUGGUAUUCAAGACAAUAAAGUGGACUUGAGAAACAUCGGCAAAAUUUCGAAGGAUCAGCAGGAGGUUGUGCUGUCAUCAGAGCAAGAUGCCUUUUUUAAAGCUAAUAUGUACGAGAAUUUUGGGGAUAUAGGAUUGAAUAUCAAGCGGAUGGUGGACGAAUUUCAGCUAGUGGCGAAAAGUAACCAGAGUAUCCAGACAAUAGAAGACAUGGCCAAAUUCGUGGACAAUUACCCUGAGUACAGGAAAAUGCAUGGAAAUGUCUCAAAGCAUGUGACCUUGGUAACAGAAAUGAGCAAGAUAGUUGAAGAGAGAAAACUCAUGUUAGUUUCACAAACAGAACAAGAAUUGGCUUGCAAUGGGGGACAAGGGGCAGCAUUUGAGGCUGUGACUAAUCUUUUAAAUAAUGAAAAUGUCCCUGAUAUUGAUCGUCUACGGCUUGUUAUGUUGUAUGCAUUGCGCUAUGAAAAGGAGAGCCCUGUUCAACUGAUGCAGCUUUUCAACAAACUGGCUUCUCGCUCUCCCAAGUAUAAGCCUGGGCUUGUGCAAUUUCUGUUAAAACAAGCGGGUGUGGAUAAGCGAACCGGGGAUCUUUACGGAAACAGAGACCUUCUAAAUAUUGCUCGGAACAUGGCACGUGGACUCAAGGGAGUUGAGAAUGUAUACACGCAACACCAGCCCCUUCUAUUCCAGACCAUGGAAAGCAUUGUUAAGGGGAGGGUGAGAGAUGUGGACUACCCUUUUAUUGGAAACCAUUUUCAGCAGGCCAGGCCUCAGGAGGUGGUGAUUUUUGUUGUUGGUGGGACAACAUAUGAGGAGUCACGUUCCGUUGCUCUACAAAAUGCUGCCAAUUCUGGAAUUCGCUUCAUACUUGGUGGCUCUGCAAUUCUCAAUUCUAAGAGGUUUUUGAAGGACCUUGAAGAAGCGCAGAGGAUUGCUCGAACCACUACCAAUGUGGUUUGACGAUAUGUAGAUAACCGGAUGUUGCCUUCAUAUGGGUUUCCGUUUUCUUGCGACUGUUGAUAGUAUGUAUACCUGUAUUUUAACCAUUGAUUUGCUGCUUGAGGAGGGAUAGAAAUGAUAUGCCCAUUGGUCUGGCAUUAAAAGAGUACAUUUGUUACUGGUUGGUAUAUGAGGAAAGACUCGACAUUUUGAGGAGAGAAGGCCUAAACCUGGUUGUUGUACAAUUGUAAUUUCUGUAGAAACAAAUAGCUGACCUUCGAAGCAAAAUUUUGUAGUGGUAACUUUUUUUUUUGCGUCUCUAAGGUCUGGAAUGUUAUCCAGUUUAACGAUUUAUUUCCACUGCCUAAAUUUCGCAAUUGGAUAUGAUAGCAAUUAAGUUUUAUACC